AUGACUGCCUUGCGCAGCGCCGAGAAAUUCGUCGCAGAUUUUCAUGGAGAGGGCCAGCGAAUGGGGCUAGACGAACUGCGCUCGGUCGAAGACGUUCUUGUUGCAGUGCUUCCACUUAUCCGCCGUUCAAGGAAUUCGUUCUGCCCUAUUAAUCGUUUCGCCCCUGAACUUUUGGUCUAUAUUUUUCAGCACACCUUAGAUGAUCCAGCUUCAUACCUCACUCGCUCUGUUCGUGCGCCGCUGAAAGUCUACCUCUAUGGGGACACUAUGGACGAGUACGUGCAGAGGAUGCUUGACUCAGAUGGCGCGCGGAUCAAAGAACUCCAUAUACAUUCAACUACGGAUGCCUGGUCUUACCUCACCGCUUUUCCUGCGCCUUCACUGGAACAUCUGACUCUUCACGUCCGAACUCCACAACUCGUCACUCGAGAUGGGGGUCUUGUACCCGCCCAGAUGCCAUCUACUUCUGGCAGAUCUGCACAAACUGCUCUCUUCCAGGACAACACUCCGCAUUUGAAGGUGCUAUCAUUGCAUUCCGCCAGUUACCUUCCGAGGAAUCACUUUCCAUCGCUUACACAUCUAUGCCUCCGUGCUCCUUCACUACGCAGGGGCGGUGCCGCCCAUCUUCUGGGUUUUCCAGAUGUAGCAUGGACACUUUCGGAUCUGCAGGCAUUCUUGGUCGACUGCCCUGUGUUGGAGGAACUCAUUUUGGCGGAGAUAGCCGCACAGAUUCGCAGUGAUGAUGAGGCUCUUCCUACUGUUCCUCUCACACGACUUCGGAGAUUCGCCUUGGGCAACACACCCACGGAAUUGCUUGUCUGGUUCGCGAGACACAUUGAAAUGCCGGGAGAUGUAGCAAUCCGAAUAUUUGGACCUGCACCGCACAGUGCUUCACGCCUCGCGCAAAUUCUCCCACAUCUGCCGCUCCCUCACGAGCCUCAUAUCAUGCUUCUGGAGGAUUCCGAGUCUUACUUUGCAGACCCAAUCCUUACUGUAUCCAUCGCCAGCGCUUCUAGCGGCAUCCAGAUCCACUUUGUCUUGUAUCGAGACGAUACGCGCUGGGAUUCAUCCGUGUGGCGUUUAUUUCCCUUCGCAGAUAUCCACGAGCUACAUGUUCGUCCACGCAGGUACCUGCACGUCUUCACCGAUAUAGCAUCAUUGAUCGAGAGGUUGCCGUUGCUCUCGACACUCGUAUGCGGGUAUGCGCCUGAAAAUCAGAACAUGUUGGGUACUAUCCUCGCGAGACUAUCUCCAUCUCCCGAAAGGCCUGCAAUGCACUGCCCAGCCCUCAAGACCUUGCAUGUCUUCAUAGGCAGUUCAGGGGAAAUGCUCAGUAACGUUGUCGAUUUUGCGGCAGCUCGAGCAGAUGUUGGAUAUCCGCUCCGCAGAGUCAUCAUCGAGCAGGAUCCGGAUAUUCAUGAUGAAUGGCACGGUACUAGUGAAUUUCACGACAAAGUGUUACGUAUUCGGGAGCAAGUGGAGUCAAUCGAGGUACGCGCGUACGAUGGGAUAGCACCUAGAGUGGAUUGGCCGGCCGUGUGUACGUCCGGGACACACAAAUAUUGGCCAGACUGGUAG